AUUUCGAGAUGGGUCUGUGCACCAAAAAGAAAGGUGUAGGGACGUGUACAUGAACACGCCAUCGUCAACGCCCGAGAUCUGGAGGGCAUUCAGAGAAACUGGACAGUUAGUGGACACGGGAGUCUGGUCGAGUUAGGUCGACUACAGCAUGAAUUUAAGCAGCAGGCGCGGCAAUAGCGAUGCACAGGACCCGGAUGAAGUCACUGUCACGUGCUUUGGAAAGAAAAAAGGCAAGAAAUCCGGAAUUGCCUGCAACAGCAUUCUGGUGGAGACGGAGGGACUCGUCCGAGAUCUCAGACAGGAAGUAACACAACUCAGACAUGCGCAGUCGGGAAAAACUGAGGACACGCGCCAUCUCGAGGCAACGGUAGAACGUCUCCGUGGGGAGAAGGAGACGUUGAUGGAAGAGAGAGGGGGGGGCUAAAGGAAGAGCUGAUGGGGCUAAAGAUGGGGAAAGUGAAUCUGGAACAGCGGGUUGAGAAACUGGUCGCAUAUAAUGAAGAGCUGCUCUCUGAACUCCAAGAUCGAUCACGUGAGCUGAACCUGAGCAUGGCAUCGGCGACGGAGGAACAGCAGGAGACGUCGCGGACGACGGAGACGUUGAGACACCAGUGCGAAAGCAACAAGAGGUCGUUGUUGGAAGCCAAUCAGAAGCUACUUCACAGGACCAAUGAGCUGAAAGAGCUGCAGAACCAAUUCGAUGCCAGCAAGGCGGAAGUGGAGCGACUGUCGGAAGAGCUGUCCAAACUGGAGGUGUGGAAGGUCGUGACCGUGGCAGAAAUUGAGGUCAAAGUCGCCGAUAUAAGGAAGAAAUACACGGCUUUGAAACGUGUGUGCCGGGGAAAAGACAUGCUGAUCAACAAACUGAGAGAAGAAAAGUCCAAGGCACUGAUGCAGUUAUGGCAGACAGCUUAUGGCCACACAGCUAAACAAUUUUCGUGCAUACCAACUCACGCCGACCUACAGAUCCCCAUGGCAACGAUUGAGCCGUUUCAAAAUGGUGGCAUCACAGUCUGCAAUGCAACGUCACCGGUCAAAUGUCAAGAUGUUGGGGAUGAGUUGAUUGGUGCCGACUUCAUCAAAAACAAGACGAUGUCAAUGGAAUUGGAGCUCUUUCGGAAAAGAAAAACAGCCGAGAUAUUUGGAAACAAUUUCAGUCCCCUUCAGCCAGACGCCGCAUCUACCGAGACAAACAGCACGUGCAGCGGAUCCGGAUGUGACGUCAGCCCAAGUCUCAGCGAAUUCAUCGAUGUGGUUCUCAACGACACAAUGGAUCAGACACUGAACGAAACGGAUCCUCAGUUGCUGUUCUGAUGUCCAAGCCGCUGCCAUCAUGUUUGUCAACAUUUAAAAUAAAACAUCCCUACGAAA